CCAAUUGUUUUUAUUUUUAUUGCUCAAUUGAAUGAAUGAUUUAAUUUAUUUUCUAAAUGAAUCUGAUAGAUUUAUUUACUGAAUUUGAUAAACUUAUAUAAAACAGUAGAUAAUAAUGAACGAAUAUAUGACGUUGGUACUACUUGUUGAUAAGAGAAAGUGUUAAUGUAUAAGUCUGCAUAUAUUGCUAAAUCCCCCUCCAUGUUCCCAAUAUGUUCUUUCUUGAUGAUUUGACAUACAGAGGAGUGGACAAGGCGUUAAGUAGGUUACGAGAAUGCCUGAUAUCAGUGAGAUGCAAUAAGAUUAUUACAAAACAUAUUUUACACUAGAAAAAUGGCGUUGAAUAAGGGAGUUAGUCAAGAUUUACCAGAUAUUGAGAAUCUGUUAAAAAUCAAUCCAAAGGUGCGUUCCCAUGCAGCCCUGGUACCUUCAGUAUCAACAAAGAAAAAUAAAUUACACUGGAAGCGAAACAAUAGCCUGAAAUGUGGGCCCUGUUUGAAGAAUGACUUUGAUGAUAUUAAACAUACAACAUUAAGUGAAAGAGGAGCACUAAAAGAAGCAUCAAGAUGUCUUAAAUGUGCUGAUGCUCCUUGUACUAAAUCAUGUCCAACACAAAUUGAUGUCAAGUCUUUUAUAACUUCGAUAUCAAAUAAGAAUUACUAUGGUGCAGCUAAGACCAUUCUAUCGGACAAUCCUCUGGGUCUAACUUGUGGAAUGGUUUGUCCAACGAGUGACCUUUGUGUAGGAGGUUGUAAUUUGGCAGCUACUGAAGAAGGUGCUAUUAACAUUGGAGGUCUUCAACACUUUGCUGUGGAAAUGUUUAAGAAGAUGAAUAUCAAACAAACGAGGAUUCCAGGUCAGUUUGUUCCAUUUUCAAACACUAAAAUAGCUCUAUUAGGCUGUGGACCAGCUUCUCUAUCAUGUGCUACAUAUCUUGCACGAUUGGGCUACGAUAAUCUGACGAUUUUUGAAAAAGAUAGUUUUACUGGAGGCUUAAGUUCAUCUGAAAUACCACAAUAUCGCCUUCCGUUUGAUGUUGUAGACUUUGAAGUUAAGUUGGUUCAAGAUCUUGGUGUGAAAAUUGAGUGUAAUCGAUCACUUUCUAUGAAUGAUUUGACGAUUGACAAGCUGAAACAAACAGGAUAUCAAGCUAUUUUUCUAGGUAUCGGUUUACCAGAAGCUAAAAUAGCACCAAUUUUUCAAGAAUUAACUGCCGAAAUGGGUUUCUUUACGUCUAAAACAUUUUUACCUGCUGUAUCAAAAGGUAGCAAAGCCGGUAUGUGUUUAUGUUCGUCAUCACUUCCUUCACUUUAUGGUAAUGUAGUAGUUCUUGGUGCUGGAGAUACGGCAUUUGAUUGUGCCACUUCAGCAUUCAGAUGUGGUGCUAAAAAAGUAUUUGUGGUAUUUAGAAAAGGAUUUACAAAUAUCCGAGCUGUUCCUGAGGAAAUGGAAGUUGCUAGAGAAGAAAAAUGUGAAUUUAUACCAUUUCAUUCACCGAAAAAAGUCAUUAUAAAGCAGAAUAAAAUAGUAGCUAUUGAAUUUUGUAGAACAGAGCAACAAGAUGAUGGUAAUUGGAUUGAAGAUGAAGAUCAGAUAAUCAGACUGAAAGCAGAUUUCAUUAUUUCGGCAUUUGGAUCAAGUUUGUACGACCUUGAUACCAAAAAUGCCAUGCAUCCAAUCAAAUUCAACAAGUGGGGAUUGCCUGAAGUUGAUGAAGUUACAAUGGCGACAUCAGAACCGGGAAUUUUUUGCGGUGGUGAUCUUGCUGGUGUAGCCCAGACUACUGUUGAAUCAGUAAAUGAUGGGAAAACAGCAGCGUGGUCUAUUCAUAAGUAUAUUCAAGAAUUACAUGGACUUUCUACACCUGAAAUACCACAAUUGCCGAAAUUCCAUAGUCCUGUUGAUGAUGUUGAUGUUAGUAUUGAAGUUUGUGGUAUUAAAUUCGAAAACCCAUUUGGUUUAGCAUCAGCACCACCUGCGACAACCAGUGCUAUGAUCCGAAGAGCUUUUGAAGAAGGUUGGGCCUUUGCAGUGACCAAAACCUUUGCUCUAGACAAAGACCAAGUGACCAAUGUAUCACCAAGAAUCGUUCGUGGGACGACUUCAGGUCAUCAUUAUGGUCCUGAGCAAGGUAGCUUCUUGAAUAUUGAACUGAUUUCCGAAAAAACUGCAGCCUAUUGGUGCCAAAGUGUUGCUGAAUUGAAGCAAGAUUUCCCUACUAAAGUAGUUAUCGCUAGUAUCAUGUGUGCUUUUAAUGAAAAAGACUGGAUAGAGCUCGCAAAAAUGGCCGAAAAUGCAGGCUCUGAUGCUCUAGAACUCAAUCUAUCAUGUCCUCAUGGUAUGGGUGAAUCAGGAAUGGGUCUAGCGUGUGGUCAAGACCCAAAAUUGGUUCGGGAAAUAUCUAAAUGGGUUCGGAAAGCAGUAAAAAUCCCGUUUUUUAUCAAACUCACACCAAACAUUACUGAUAUCACCGCGAUUGCAAUGGCUGCAUAUGAAGGUGGAGCCAGUGGAGUUUCAGCUAUCAAUACAGUUUCAGGUUUGAUGAGUUUAAAAGCAAAUGGAGAACCAUGGCCAGCUGUUGGAACUUCUAAAUCAACAACUUAUGGUGGAGUUUCUGGAAAUGCUACCAAACCACAAGCACUUCGAGCCAUUUCUAAAAUUGCUAAGAAAAUACCUGGAUUUCCAAUUCUUGGUAUUGGAGGUAUUGAUUCAGCUGAUGUUGCUCUACAGUUUCUUCACUGUGGUGCUUCUGUUCUUCAAGUUGGAAGUGCCAUCCAGAACCAAGACUUCACUCUUAUUGAUGAUUACGUAACUGGCUUGAAAGCUUUAAUGUAUUUAUCAACUUUAGAACAAACUAAAAAUUGGAAUGGACAAAGUCCUCCCACUCCUAAACAUCAAAAAGGUAAAAUUUUAUCUAUUCAUGCUCUUGGAAGUCAUGUACCAUAUUUCGGAGAAUAUCAAUUUCUACGAGAAAAGAAAAUUUCAGAGAUUAAAGCUAGAUCUGAUCCACUGAGUCUAUUAUCAAAGGAAAAUUGUGAUGAUAAAGUUGAUAGAAAUUCUGAAGAGAAGAUAAAAUUACCAAGAAUUCAAGAUUUUAUUGGAAAGUCACUUCAAUAUAUUGGUGAUUACAAGGCUUUGGAUAAUAAAAAACAAGUUGUUGCGUUAAUUGAUGAUGAUUUGUGUAUUAAUUGUGGUAAAUGUUACAUGGCUUGUGCUGAUUCAGGAUAUCAAGCCAUCGAAUUUGAUGCUGAUACUCAUAUUCCAAAAGUCAAUGAUGAUUGUACCGGUUGUACUUUAUGUCUUUCUGUUUGUCCAAUCAUUGAUUGUAUCACAAUGGUACCAAAAACGAUUGAACAUGUCAUCAAGAGAGGAAUAUAUGUUAAAUGAAUUCAAUUGUCUACUUUCAAUAAAACUCAAAUCUAAUUAUGUUGAAUCAGAUCUGUAUCAUAUGAUCUUUAAAUCUGAUCGAAUUGCAUUAAAUCUGAGAAGAUAAAUAUAUAAAUUUAUAAAUUGUUUAUAUUCAGAAGGGACAAUAUAAUGAAAUUAAUUAAUUAAUUAAAGACAUUGAAACAUACUUGAUUUUUUUAAAAAUAUUCUUUAACUUUUUUUAUUUUAGCGCAGCUUAUUUUUAUCCAUUAUUUAAGGAAUAAAAUAUCAGAUCGAAUUGGACUAAAAAGAUAAACAAAUUAAACUUGCUUAGAUCAAGA